AUGAAUCUCGCAACCGUCAUUUCUGAGGUGAAUAUGGUGGGUUCAAACCCAAAAGAGUGGUGGAUUGACACUGGAGCUAUGAUGCAUGUGUGUUCUGAUAAAAAACUAUUUACGACUUUCGAAACAAUUGAGAACGGAGAGAAAUUGUUUAUGGGAAAUUCAACAACUUCUGAAAUCAAGGGUCAAGGAAAGUUGGUUCUAAAGAUGACUUCGGGAAAUGAGCUGACUCUUAACAAUGUGCUAUAUGUGCCGAAAAUCUGCAAGAACCUUGUGUCCGGGUCGCUUUUGAAUAAGUAUAGUUUCCGUAUUGUAUUUGAGUCAAAUAAAGUCAUUUUGUCAAAAAGUGGAAUGUUCGUUGAAAAAGUGGUUAUCCUAACACCAAAGAAGGUGAAGAUAGGCCCGAAAAUUGUAGAUUGCAUCUUCAUUGGAUAUGCACAUGACAGUAGUGCUUAUCAGUUUCUUGUGUAUGAAUCUAAAAUCUCAGAUAUACACAAAAACACGAUAAUGGAAUCGAGAAAUGCGUCAUUCUUUGAACAUGUAUUUCCAUACAAGUCCAAAGAAGAGGCAAGUUAUUCUAAACAGACAUAUGAUAUUAUGAUUGAAAAUAGUCAGGGCCAAGAACAAGAAGAAGAUGUUGAGGUUCAACCAAGACGUAGCAAAAGGGAAAAGACAGAAAAAUCUUAUGGUCCAGAUUUUCUGACCUAUAUGCUAGAAAGUGAACCUCAAAACUAUCAAGAAACUGUGAACUUCUCAAAGGGACCUCAAUGGAAAGAAGCCAUUAAAAGUGAAAUAGAUUCUAUUUUGCAAAAUCAUACAUGA